GGUCGCUAUUAUACGCUCCUCCUGGUCACCGAGCUCAGUCGCGGUCUGCACUGCAUCAUGUCCACACGUUCCGUAUAAAACAAAACAAAACAUGCUCAUUUAUACAUAGCAAUCGACGAUAUAGUGUUUUUAUUAAGUUUAAAAGAAGUGUUUCUAAAUAUAAAAUUUUAUUAGUUGCUAACGAAUCUGUACCUUGAACUUAACUAUUUGUCUUGUGGUUUUCCUUGUUUGACAAGAUGACUUUAAUGCUGUGUUUAAUACUUUUUGUCGCUCCACUAUCACAAUGCGACAAGGUUCCCGACCAACAAAUACUCCAAAGUGUAUUCGGGACCCCAGCGGGCUACGCUACCCCUCUCCCCGCAGGCCAGCCGGGCAAGCCGACGACACUGGCAACCAGUGAGACCCUGGUGGACCACGACUAUUGGGACUCCGAAGAUUAUUACGUGCCGUCAGCGGCUGACUACGACUCGUUUGAUUGGACGGUUACUAAGCGCAUAGCGGCAUAUUCAGAGGAGAACUUCCUACUUUCGCCACUAGGCUUGAAACUAGCACUGACCAUCCUAACUGAAGCAGCGACAGGCUCCACUCAAGCACAGCUGGCCUCGGUCCUAGGCUUUGAUGUCAACAGAACCAUUGUUCGAACUAAGUUCUCGUCUAUCAUAUCUUCUCUUCAGCUAGCAAAUCCAAACUACACCCUAAACGUUGGCAGUAGAAUCUACGUAGACAGUUCAGUGUCUGAGAGACAGCAGUUCUCUUCGAUUGCUGAGGAGUUCUACAAAACUGAGCUGAAGAAGGUGGACUUCCGCUUCCCCGCGGAAACUGCGGCCCAGAUCAACGGGUGGGUUUCUAAUCUCACUCAUGGGAAUAUACCUAAUCUAAUCGAUGAAGACGAGGUGAAAGGCAGUAUAGUGCUGGUCCUUACGACCCUGUUCUUCAAGGGCACCUGGAAGCACCAGUUCAACCCGAAUACCACCAAAACCAGGGCUUUCUACGUGACACCCACUGUACAAAAACAAGUGCACUUCAUGAAUGUAAAGGAAAAGUUUUACUAUGCAGAGUCAGCGAAGUACGACGCAAAGAUUUUGAGGAUGCCAUAUUUGGGUAAAAAGUUCUCAAUGUACAUAGUGGUGCCGAACUCCCUGAAGGGCCUCCCCCGCAUAAUGGACUCGCUGGGCGACCUGCGCACGGAGAUGCUCUACCUCGCCGAGCGCACGGUCGACGUCACGCUGCCGAAAUUCAAGUUCGACUUCACCUCCAUUUUGGACGGAGUCUUGAAAGACUUGGGCAUUCGGCAAGCGUUUGAAGACACGGCGUCCUUCCCCGGCCUGGCCAGAGGGCAGUCCGCUCAGAACCGACUGAAGAUCUCCAAGGUCCUGCAGCGCUCCGGCAUCGAAGUCAACGAGCUGGGAAGCGUUGCUUACUCUGUCACAGAGGUAUCGCUAGUAAACAAGUUUGGCGAGGACGAAUACAGCGCCGUAGAGGUGAUCGCCAACCGACCGUUCCUGUUCUUCAUAGAGGAUGAAGCCACGAGACAGUUGCUGUUCACCGGGCGUGUGUCGGACCCUCUCGCGACCACCGCCGAGUUCAAAGCGCACACGCCCAGCGCGUGUGUUUUUUUAGCCUGCCUUCAAAGUUUAGAGUGCAUGGAUAACAAGAGACCAGACAAUACACGUUUUAACUACUUCGACACGGAUCUCCUCAGAUCUACGACUGAAGACCGAAGUGGCAAUGUGGUGGUCUCGCCGGCCAGCAUCAAAUCGACACUUGCCAUGCUCCUUGAAGGAGCCAGUGGCAACACUGAAGCUGAAAUAAGAAGCUCCUUGCGAUUAUCACCGAAUAAAAAUGAGUUUAGAGAACAGCUGAACGUAUAUUUAUCAGCUUUACAAUUCAAUACUACUGCAGCCAAACUUCAAAAUGCAAAUGGCGUUUUCGUAUCGAAUAAAUUUAAACUAAAGAAAGAGUAUGAGAAGGUCAUAGAAAAAGUAUACCUUACGAAAGUCGUCAGUUUGAAUUUUCUGGAUCCGGUAGGCUCUGCUGCCACCGUAAACGACUGGGUCGGCAACCAGACCAGGGGGUUAAUACGAUCCCUAAUAGAACCUGCCCACAUCCCCCCAUCAUCCGACGUUCUCCUCAUCAACGCUCUGUAUUUCAAAAGCGCCUGGCAGCACGCCUUCGACCGCAGCCUGACAAGGUCGGCCUGCUUCCGCAUCCAGGGUUCUUGCAAGAAGCAAGUCGCUAUGAUGGAGAUCAGUACUGAGCUCAAUUACGCGUUCGUUGAAAAUUUGAGGGCUCAUGCUGUUGAAUUGCCUUAUGAGGGUGGCCGUUAUUCUAUGGUGUUAUUGGUCCCGCAAGACCACGACGGCUUGGCAGGUCUGAUAAGGGACUUGCCUUACAUGAGCCUCCCGCAGAUCUGCAAGAUGAUGGAACCGUCUCACGUGCAACUCUCACUGCCGAGGUUCACCGUGGACUAUAGCGAGGAUAUGGUUGGACCACUUAGGAAUAUGCGAAUCACAACCCUCUUCUCGUCAAAGUCCAACCUGUCUGGAAUCAUCGAAGGCGGCCCCGCCCAAAUCAACCACCUUUACCACAGGGUGUACGUAUCCGUCGACGAGGAUGGAACGGUGGCCGCCGCAGCCUCCGCCGCCCUUGUCGUGCCCUUAAUAGAGGGGAGUGUGCAACUUGUGGUGGACAAACCCUUUGUGUUCUUUAUAAAGGACAAUCAUUUAGGUUUGGUUCUUUUUGAAGGAAAAAUUGAAGAGCCACAUGAAUAUGUGGCACCGAUAAAGAAUUCAGAGAACAAUGUUGUUAAAAACAGACGGAAUAGUUUCGGGACCCGCUUCUAAAAUAAUAUUAUAUUUUAAGACUUACGUGUACUAC